AAAAAAAAGUGCAUGGAAGUUUCUUUUAAAUAUUAUUUUCGCACAAAGCGAAAGGUUCUUUUUCGAUAUCCCCCCCUUUUUUUUUCUGUCAAACAAACAUUAAAAAGGGAACGUUUUACAUUUGAACUUUCAAUGUUUUUUCUCUUGCUAUACGUCAAUUACUUUCGGUACGUUUGUUUCGUUUCAGAAAACACAUAACAUAUAUAUACUCGAUAGUUUUGUGAUAAUUAAUAAAUAUUAAAUUGAACGUAUAAAAGGAAGAGGCAAGGAAAAAUAUCCAGAGAAACGAAUGAUCUUUUUCCCUUUGACAGGCCUCCUAUUAUAAAAAUGUUAAAAUUCUUCUAUUCUUCUAAAAUUCUCGCCAACCUCAUAGAAAGGUAAUCAAAGAGGCUGAAGGGAAAGAAGUUCGCAUUGAAAUAAUUUAUUGUAGCGAAGAAUCGCUUUGAAAGAUGGAACUAAGAAAAGUGAGGGAAAGAAGAGGACCCGUACCAAGGUUUUAUAAACCAUUAUAAUUUUUCUUUGGACCGGUACAAUUCCCUUCCAUCUUUUCCAGAUAAUUUUAAAAUGGAAGAAAUUUUAAUUGUGCGCAAUUGUUGAAGAAUCGAAAAUUCACGAAAUGAAAUACGAAUAAUAUACAAAUUAAAUAAAUUUAUAUUAUUUAUCUUUGACUGAUACGUAACGCUUCUUCGUAAUCUUGAUUUUAACCUAAUGCAUCCCAACGAUGCGAUUUUAAUUGAGAAAGAAGAAUGCAACGAGAGACGUUCACUUUUUGUCGAACUAAUCAGUUUUACGGGCAGAUAGAUAACUAGAUGAGUUUCCGCGCUCAUUAGCCCUCGUUCUAUGGUCCUUCUUCUUUCUCAUUGUUUCACGACAACAAGAAACAACAGGAAGAGGAUAGGCUGUUACCGUCUAAUGAGCCUCUUGCACUCGUUCAACCUUCCUUCUUCCCCUCCCUCCCCCCCUCGUCUCUGCGAAAAAGCGUUUAUGUUCAGCUCAGUUCCGUUUGAACAUCGGGACGAAGCCGCGUCCCACGAACAAUACCGCGAGUGGGAAGAAAAAAACUUUCGCAUCGUGCAUCUUCAUCGUUGCAACUUUUUCAAUUCGAGUCGAGUCGGGACGAAGUUUGUCAUUUCUGAAAAUCUUUCUCCGGAUCGAAAAUGAUUUCUGAGUUUAUCCAACGAAUUUCCUUUUUUUUCGUAGAAUAAAUAUAUUCGAUCCCUGAUCGAUGAUCGAACGAUUCAAUCGCGUCUCACUUCACUGUCGAUACGAUACUCGUUGAAAAAAAAAGAAACGAUACAUUUAACCUGUAUGGAAAAAUAGGUUAAAAAUUGAUGCUGGUGAUAAUAAGAAAAUAGUGGUGGAGGAUCCACCAUGGUUUCGAAAUUGUUCGAACGUUAUAUGAGACAUGGAGCCCUUCCUAUACGACAGGACGAUUGCUCGUACGUGUGGCAAAUACCUGCUGAAAAUCGUUGUAAUUGGGUGAGAGAAACCAGAGAUUGCCGGACAGAUUCUCUAAUUCAAUACACGGAAAUAUUGUUUUGUACUUUUACCACGGAGAACAAACCUUUGUUCGCUUUUGGACUGAUAUUGAUGGUCAUAUGGCUUUUAUAUUUGUUCUUCAUCUUGGGAACAUCGGCGGACAAUUUCUUUUGCCCUUCGCUAGCCGUGAUAGCGACCGUUUUGCGGCUGUCGGACAACAUCGCCGGUGUGACGAUAUUGGCAUUCGGAAACGGUGCACCUGACAUCUUCACGUCCCUCGUGUCGGGCGCCGACGAAAGUAUAAUAAUGUUCACGGAAUUAAUCGGCGCUGGUAUCUUCGUGACGACGAUCAUCGCCGGUUCCGUAGCCGUGAUCAGGCCUUUCCGCGUCGAGUUGAAAUUUAUGAUGAGGGACGCCUGCUUCUACAUCGUGACGGUGUUCUGGAUCAGCUUCGUGGUGCGGGACCAUCGGGUCCACCUAUGGGAAGCUGCAAGUUUUAUUCUCUACUAUUGCUUGUUCAUUUUGGUGGUGGUGUUGAUGCAGAUGUACGAGAACCGGGAGGAGAGGUUAAAAAAAAGGAUCCCAAGCGUACCCGAUGAAGACAUCCUGCGUACUUACCUGGCGAACAAAGAGGAUGACACCAUUCCGGAGAUUCCUAUCAAGAGUCGUGCUGCUGGUUUACGAGCCAAACUCGAUGUUGCAAUCGCAGUCGAGUUGCAAAGACAAAGGCUUAUAAAGAAAGAGAUGGAGGAGAUAAUUGUAGAGGAAGUUGGGAGGCCGAAGGGUCUCUUCAGGGAAUUUCUCUACGAUAUUAAUCCGAUAUCGAAAGAAGACUGGCAAGAUGCGAAUGCAUUCAUUAAAUUUAUUUUAAUCAUACGUGCACCUUUCAUGGCUAUACUUCAAUUACUUAUCCCACUUGUGAGCGUGACCACCGUGAAGAGAGGCUGGUCCAAGCUGUUAAAUUGCUUUCAGCUGUGUGUGACACCAACGUUCUCGUUGUUUGUAUUAAAUGUUUGGGCAGUGCGCAUUGGCCCGAUUACAUUGAUGCCAAUAGUCCUGCUGAUUGGUACCAUACUCGGUAUAAUUGUAUUUCUAAUAACCGACAAGGAUCGUAUACCAAAGUUUCAUAACGCUUUCGCAUUUUUCGGAUUCUUCACGGCAAUGAUGGUGGUCUAUUUGGUGGCCAAGGAGGUGAUGGCAGUGCUCCAAUGCGUGGGAUACGCUUUCAGUAUAUCGGACGCCAUGCUCGGUAUUACAUUACUCGCUUGGGGAAACAGCAUAGGUGAUCUCAUAGCGAACGUCACCAUAGCCAGACAAGGAUUUCCACGAAUGGGUUAUGCAGCUUGCUUUGGUGGACCUAUGUUCAAUACGCUUUUGGGAUUGGGACUGACUUACGGGGUUGAAGCCGCUAAAGAUCCAAAUUAUCUUACAAUGAUGAGACUGAGCGAUAUGGCGCCCGGUUGUUUGGCUUUCCUUGUCUGUUCAUUACUUACGUCUAUUAUUUACAUGAACAUCACCGGCUCUAUAGCAAGAAAAUCGUACGGAUUCCUCUUGUACUCCAUUUACUUUUCUUUCUUGAUCAUUCAGUUCCUCAGCGAAUUGCACAUAAUUCAUCCGCUUGGUAUCGAUCAUCGACCGGACAUAGACCGGAAGGGGGAUUAAAUAAAAUUAUCAAUAAUAUUCCUAAUGUAAUAAAAUUAUUCAAAAAUAAUGGAACGAAAGGAGGAAAUAUCACGAGGAAUGAUAUAACACAUUCCUACCGAGAGAUAUAUGCUUUCUAGAUAAAUAUUUACGUGAAAAUAUAAAUAAUAUGUAUUAUAAUAUGUAUGUCUUCUACGAAAUCAAAACGCAUAUAUAUGCGUUGUAUGUUUAUUCUAUGAGAGGGAACGUAAUAGGAAUUCUUGAAAUGAAUAAUUUUCAUUACUCUCUAUUUCUUGAGACUAACCUUUUCCUUUUAGCUUGCGUUGUUUUUAAAAAUAGAUGGAAUCAUGUGCACUUUUCAUUGCGUUAACGUUCGAUCGAAAUAUAUUACGAUACUGGUUAUAAUUUUAUAAUUUAGAGUUCUUUUUUGUACAUUUUUAUACACUUUGUACAUUCUCUAUCUUUUUGUACAAUAAAUCGUGAAUUGAGGAAAAAUUUAGAUACUUGAUUGAAUUAAAUAAUUUAGAUGGUAAAAGGAUUCUCUAUCGAUCGAAUUUAUAAACAAUAUUAAUUUAAUAAAAAUUCUAUCAUUUCUAUAUAUUAUAAUUCAAAUUGAUUGAAAUUGAUUGAAAAGCAAA